ACCCCAGCACUUCUAGUCUUACAGUUCCAGGAGUCUCAGAACUGGUGAACAAUACUACAGUGAUCACUCAGUCGAGUGCGGACUGUUGUGGCGUGGCCUUCAAAGGUCAGAGUGAGGAUCCUAGCUGCUCUGCUCUGAUUUGUGUUACUGCGGUUUCUACGGAAACGAGACAACGGUUGGCAAAAAGCGGUGGAGCUGCAUAAAGAUGUCGUCGCCCACUCACAGUGACAGCAGUGGCUCCUCGAAACAUGACAGCCACCAGGACAGCUGGGAGAUUGUGGAGGGGCUCAGGGGGGUUUCUGUCAGCAUUCCGGAGCCUGACAGGCAGCAUGGUUUCCUACUCAAGAGGAGGAAAUGGCCCAUGAAGGGAUGGCAUAAGAGGUACUUCCUGUUGGAGAAAGGCAUCUUGAAAUAUGCAAAGCGUGAAAAUGAUCUGAAGAAGGGAAAGCUUCACGGCUGCAUAGAUGUUGGCCUGUCGGUCAUGUCAAUAAAGAAGAAAGCCAUGUGCAUUGACCUGGACACGGAGGAUAAUAUCUAUCACCUGAAGGUGAAGUCUCCAGAGCUGUUUGAUGAGUGGGUGUCAAAGCUGCGUCAUCACCGUGUGUUUCGGCAGAAUGAGAUCGCCACAUAUCCCCAUGAGAAGAAUCUUUUCUACCCCCAUGCCUCGUCCUCCCCCUCCCUCAAUGACUCUCUGAGAAAACGGUCUACUCUUACCAAACAGGCAUCGCUUCACCAGGCUAAGGUCAGUUCUUGGCUACAUUGCUCAGAGGACAUGGACAAGUGCUGCAAAGACUUGGAGGAGGCUGAGUCAUAUCUGCUUGAACUCAACAUGCUGCUGAAGAGUAUGGAGGUCCUCCACCGGACAUACUCGGCUCCUGCCAUCACUGCACUACAAGCAUCUAAUUAUGACAUCCCCAAAAAGGAGAAGAGACCAAAGAGGUGGCGAUCCAAAAACAGUGGCAAAGAAACCAAAACCACACUUCAGGUCCCAAGCUGUAUCUCCUCCAAGUCUCCUCGUCUUCACGCCUCCAACCCCAACCUGUCCACCACAGAACCCAACACACAGGAGGCCUGUCCUGAUUCCCCAGAUUCUCCUAUAGAUGUGUCCCGUCUACAGGAGGACUUCUGCAGGCUGUCCAACAACCUCCACACCACACUGAAAUCAGCCUAUAGUUCCCUGGUUGCAGAAAGAGAGAGGCUGAAACACACCAUUGACAUGACGCCUCCUCAGCCAGUGCAGGUCAUGGGCUUAAAGUCGGCUUAUGCCUCAGAAUGUUCAGGCGGCUCCCAGUCCUUGGUCCACCAGGUUUCCAAUGAGAGCAGAGCAGACUCUGUAUCAGAGUUCUAUGAUGCUCAGGAGUAUCUGCUGACCUCUUCCUCCUCUGAGAAUGAGGUGUCAGACGAUGACUCAUACAUCAGUGAUGUGAGUGACACAAUCUCCAUGGAUACCUACAGCAAUGAGGGAGGCAGUGUGAGGCACAACUCUGACAGCAGUGUGAUAACUCUGACACGACGGCGCUCCAUGCUGCCUUCUCCCUGUCCCGCCAGCAGCGUGAGCCUGUGGAACAUCCUGAGGAACAAUAUUGGAAAGGACCUGUCAAAGGUGUCCAUGCCAGUGCAUCUCAACGAGCCUCUCAACACCCUGCAGAGGCUGUGUGAAGAGCUCGAGUACAGCGAGCUACUGGACACUGCCAACCAGACCCAAGACCCUUUCCAACGCAUGGUCUAUGUUGCUACGUUUGCGAUAACUGCCUAUGCGUCCACCUACUUUAGAGCAGGAAGCAAACCCUUUAACCCUGUCCUGGGAGAGACAUACGAGUGUGACAGAGCUGAUAAGGGCUUCAGAUUUAUAGCUGAACAGGUGAGUCACCACCCGCCUGUGUCAACAUGUCACGCUGAUUCAAGGAACUUCAGCUUUUGGCAAGAUGUGCGAUGGAAAAAUAAAUUCUGGGGCAAAUCCAUGGAAAUUGUUCCCAUGGGAACCACACAUGUCACACUCCCUGCCUUCGGGGACCAUUAUGAAUGGAACAAAGUGACGUCCUGCAUCCAUAACAUCCUGAGUGGCCAGCGCUGGAUAGAACACUAUGGGGAGAUGGUCAUCAAAAAUAUCAACAGUGACACCUGCCAGUGUAAAGUCACAUUUGUCAAGGCAAAGUCAUGGAGCUCUACAGUGAACGAGAUAGAGGCCGUCGUUACAGAUUCAAAGGGAAAAGUCGUACAAUCCAUGUUUGGAAAAUGGCACGAGUCUGUGUUUCAGGGAGACCCACCUGCUGCCACGUGUAUUUGGAGAGCAAAUUCCAUGCCAGAGGAUCAAGAGCAGUACUAUGGCUUCACACUGUUUGCAGUGGAGCUUAAUGAGCUGGAUUCCACUCUGAGACCUCUACUGCCCCCUACAGACACUCGCUUUAGGCCUGACCAGAGGUUGCUGGAGGAGGGGAACCCAGAUGGAGCUGAGGAACAGAAGCAGAGGAUAGAGCAGCUCCAGCGGGAGAGGAGGAAAGUGCUGCAGGAUAACAACAUGACACAUAAGCCUCGCUUUUUCAUGAAAUCUAAGGAUGACACGUGGGUGAGCAACAACACAUACUGGGAGCAGCGUACAGACCCUGGCUUCAGUAAAAUUGAUUUCCCCGUGUUGUGGUGACAUCUGGAUUUAACCAAAACACCUCCAUGAUAACUUAUUACAGAGAGGGAAGUGUAGAACUGAACUGAGACCAGCCUCCAAGUGUCCUGAACAGGUUUGACCUCAUGUCAUGGUAACCCAAACCAAUAUGGACUUCCUGCCUCCAGUUUCAGGACAGAAAGCCUGUAGAAGUCCGGUUGUUCUUAUUUAUGUUUCUCCGCCUCUGACCACAACUGUUAGUAACACAUAUGUUAAUGUAGACUACAUAUUCAUAUCAUUUUGGUUCUGUUGCUUACCAAAGUGCCUUUCAUUGUGGGGCUGCACACAGUCAGUUGCUUUAGCAGUUAUGCAAUAACACUUAGACAAACUCCUGGUUUCUAUUAUGUCCGUGUACAGUGUGUGUGUGUGAAGUUCAGUGGAUUGGAUUUUCUGAUGGCAGAACUGUGGAUACAAUUUUUUACUGAGGGGGACAAAGCAAUAAUACUUAAUGUCAAAUGAUGACAAUAAACUGUACAAUGGACAGUCA